AUGCUAUAUAUAGUCCGUGGUUCGAGGACUCGAGGAGUAAGACCACAACAUGGCUGGAUCUUCUCCUUUGGGUUAGCGGCAUCUAAGCGAGACCGGACAAUCAUCGACGUCACAGCCGGUACAGGCAUGCAACUCCGGUCGCGUUUCCACGAACAACUUUCACGAAACUCCUCCUCAACAAAGUCGCUGUCCGCUCUAAGGCAUGAUUCAACACCAUGUCCCACCUUCAUUCGGCAUUUCCACGCAUCAGCCGGCCUGAACGCUGAACUAUCGAACCACUAUGAGACCCUUGAAGUCCCCACGAAUGCCACGCCAGCAGAGAUCAAGAAGUCGGCCUUGUGCAUCAUCUUAUCCUUCUACAAACUCUCCAAAGCCAACCAUCCCGACCUCCACCCCAACGACCAAGCAAAAUCACAACGCUUCGUAAAAGUCAGCCAAGCAUACGCAACCCUUGGAUCCGCAGAAAAGAAACAACGUUAUGAUCGCGCCUUCUUUCGUCAACCGGCUCCAACAUCAGGUGGAAGAGGAGGCGGAUAUAGCACACCUCAAGGCUCACAUUCUUCCUCCCAAAGUGGCCCCGGCGGUCGCCCCGCCUCAGGUCUAAGCCGUCGAAGAACACAAUUCAGAGGUCCACCACCCUCGUUUUACAGAAGUGGAGGCUGGGGCGAACAGAGCGAAAAGAGGCGCGAGAACGCUGAGAAGGCGUCACAUACUUUCGAAGCUAGAGGGGAGUCGGCGUCUGGGCCUGGAAUGGGACCCGGAGGUUUUGCGACGGGCUUCGAUCAUGAUGUGCCGCAUUUCGAUCGCGCUGGACAUUCUCGUACGCAUGAGAAUUUGGGGAAUUUGAGUGAACGGCGACAGGCGAAGAGGAGUAGGAAACAAGGGGCGAGUUUUCGGGAAAGAGAAGGUGCUGAGGGUGGGAGUACGUUGUUGAGUUUUUUUGUCGUGGGUGGGACGUUGCUUGGUGUAGUUGGAAUUACGGGCAUGCUGCGCAAAAUGACGGCUAGGUUUCGACGAGAUAUGGAUGAUACGGGAAGAUUUGGACCUUGAUUGAUCUAUACGACACGACAAUCUAGCUGAUGUCACGCUGUCGCAUCGGCGACUCCAUCACUCUAUAUUUCUGGUCGGAAUGCCGGACAUGACCACUUUAAAACACAUUGAAAGAGAGGAUCAUUCAUAUCUUGGAGCGAAGGCCGCAGAGGACAGCCUGAAAAAUAGAAUUUAGACAGCACUGGACCAGUCGGGUGCUGAUACUUUCGCGUCUAACGUCCAACUUACUCUCGCUCAACGACAACGACAUAUUUCACAUCGACCUGGGUCCUGAAUCCACAGACAGCGUUUGCUCUCAAUCCUGACCGAAGUUGUCCGCGCAGAGCGAUUCCAAUGAAGACCACCACACGCAUGCAGACGAGGAAAAGGGCCGACUGACUGACAGAAUCUUGACAUGAGAAGUUCUUCUUAAUCCUUCAAGAUAUACUCGUCUCGUCUCGAAAAUGCACAUACAAGAAUAAUACCUACUUCUUUCUAU